AUGUGGCCGGCUCUCUUCGCCGCGGCGGUGGCUGCCUCCACCGGGCUCCUCGCCAAGAACCACCUCUCCAAGCGCGCCUCCGUGAUCACCGACUCCGAUCCGCAAAACGACGCCGUCGUGGAGAACGCGACGCCGCGGAGCCCCGUCGGUUCGGUUUCUCGGCCUCCGUGGGACAGCGACUGCGAGGAUCAGGUGAAGGAGGGGAUCUUUAGGUUUUCGAGCGACUGCGGGAGUGGGGAGAAGAAGAAGAAGACGAAGCUUCGGUUGAAGAAGAAGAAGAAUGUGGCGGAGGAGCAGCAGCAGAAGAAGAAGAGUGGGAGGAGAGUUGGCGUUUGCUUGAAGAGGAGGAAGACUGUUCCUUCCAAAUGUGGAUCGUCUUCGAAUCCCAAAGAUACUACCUCAUUGUUUAACUGGGGACUUAAUAUUGGGAUCAUGUACAUGAUGACUGCUGGAAAAGCUGAAAUCAAUAAGCUGAACACAACCAUGGAUGAGACUGCAAAAGUUGUGCAGGAGUUAAAAUCUGAGCUAAAUAAAAGAAAAGCAUCACAGAGUCAGCAAGUUUCUUGUUCUGAAAGUGAAGCCAAUACACAAUAUCAGAGCCCUAGUUGCAAGCGUUCCCAGACAGAACUCACGAAGUCAAGUGCAGAAUACGGUGAACCUAAUUAUAUGAGAGCUUCCAGCUUCCAAAUAUCUGAUGUCGAAUGUCCAAGUAGUGUUCUUACAGAGGACCCAGAGCCAGAGGUCAUGGACAUGGAUCAAUUGGAAGCAGAACUUGAGUCUGAAUUGCAAAAACUUCCAUGGUGCUCUACAGAAGCUCCUCAGCAAGAGGGGUUCAGAAAUCUGGAAAAGGGUUUUGUCUCUGAUGAUUCAGCUCAAAAGUUUCAUGGACAAGCAGCAAAGGGUAUUGUUAUUGAGCAAUUUCAAGGAGUAUUACCAGCUGAGCUAGACCAGAAAUUAUGCCAUGUGCUCAUUGAACAGCAGGAAAGCCAAAUUGUGGAGCUGGAAUCCGGACUGCAGUCUGCCCAAUCGAAACUCCAAGAAAAAGAAACUGAACUUCAAGCAUUGAAGGACUGUGUUAAACGCCUGACUCAGUUAAAUCUUUCUACUGUCUCAGAUGAUGAGAAUGAGGCUCACAAUGAACAAGAGCAGACCACUCAUUGGAAUUACAACAUGGAGGGAUCUGAGUCACUAAAAUCAGUUGUUGGGAUGAAAAGACCUAUGGAUUAUGAAGCCUGA